AUGUCGGCAGCAGAUUUGACGGCGCGCAGCCCAGCCACAAAGCGCCUGCGGUCCAGCGACUUGGGUGGUGUCUCUGGGCUGCGUAUUGCUUUUUUGCAUCAGCAGGGCCGCUCUUUGCGCGGCGCUUCUAGCAACGUCUGGUUGGUCGAGUCCAGCGACGAAGACAAUGGAGUGGACGGCGAUGACGACGAAGCUGUUCGGUAUCUGCCGAAGAGUCAUGACGGUGCCCAGACCACAUCCAUGCACGCUCCUGACGGUCGCCGCGUGUGUUUGCAGGACUCGGUGGAUGAGACUGAGGACCAAUGGACAGA